GUAUAAAAACGCGCGUUGACGCGCGAGAUCGCCUCACGUCGUGUCAGACUUUAAUCCGCUGAUGUGCACGGAGAAGUGAACUGUCCGUUUGAGCGGAGCGACACGACAGAACGCUUCAGGAGGAGUUUCUACCUUCCCCUUUCCGUCUUAUCCUCUUUUCUCCCCGUUCCCGUGCAUUUGUGAACCGUUUUCUGAGAGCUAGUUCAGCCUGAACUAAGCUAACCUGGAACUAACCUCACUGCUGUUUUUUACAUUUUUCCCGAAGAAACAAAUCGAGCCAGUGAUCUUUUUUUUUCCUUGGUAGCACCGUAUGUGACCAAUGUUUUUAUGAAGUCGUCCUGGAUCACUGAUCUGAGAUCCAAAUACGUUUUCCUCGAGCAAGUCUGAAUGAAUUCACAGCAAACUCCGGAAGUCUGGCGUGCUUCGGUCUGCUGCACAGUUCUCACUCCAGCGUGCCCACGACCUGUCAAGUAAACUUCUUGGAAGCCCUUGCAUUCUAGGAAUCUUUUUCUAGGACUGAGGGAGUGGAGCAAUGGGGGUGAACGCGGUGCACUGGUUUAGGAAGGGUUUGAGGCUGCAUGAUAACCCCUCACUCCGGGAAUGUAUAGUAGGAGCGGACACUUUACGGUGUGUUUACAUACUUGACCCCUGGUUUGCAGGUUCUUCCAACGUGGGAAUCAAUAGAUGGAGGUUUUUACUGCAGUGUCUGGUGGACCUGGAUGCCAGCCUUCGCAAACUCAACUCUCGCCUGUAUGUUAUCAGAGGUCAGCCCACUGAUGUUUUCCCCCGGCUUUUCAAGGAGUGGAAGAUCACUCAUCUGUCAUACGAGUAUGACUCCGAACCAUUUGGGAAGGAGCGGGAUGCAGCCAUCAAGAAGCUGGCCAGCAAGGCAGGGGUGAUGGUCAACGUUAGAAUCUCACACACACUCUACGAUCUAGAAAAGAUCAUUGAGCUGAAUGGUGGACAGUCACCUCUCACUUAUAAACGCUUUCAGGCUUUGAUCAGUAGAAUGGAUGGUGUAGAAAUGCCAACAGAGACCAUUACUGCUGAGACAUUAGGCAAGUGUAUUAUGCCUAUUGCUGAUGACCAUGAUGAAAAGUUUGGUGUACCGUCUCUGGAGGAGCUCGGCUUUGAGACCGACAGUCUACCAACUGCUGUUUGGCCAGGAGGAGAGACCGAGGCUCUGACUCGUCUGGAGAGGCACUUAGAGAGAAAGGCAUGGGUGGCUAACUUUGAGCGUCCCAGGAUGAAUGCAAAUUCAUUACUGGCCAGUCCAACAGGUCUGAGCCCUUAUCUUCGCUUCGGUUGCCUCUCCUGUAGACUCUUCUACUAUAAACUCACAGACUUGUACAGAAAGGUAAAGAAAAAUAGUGUCCCCCCACUGUCUCUCUACGGCCAGUUGCUAUGGAGAGAGUUCUUCUACACAGCUGCUACAAACAGCCCAUGCUUCGACAAGAUGGAAGGCAACUCAAUCUGUGUGCAAAUCCCAUGGGACCGUAACCCAGAGGCAUUAGCAAAGUGGGCAGAGGGCAGGACAGGUUUUCCCUGGAUUGAUGCCAUUAUGGCUCAGCUGAGACAAGAGGGAUGGAUACAUCAUCUGGCACGGCAUGCAGUUGCAUGCUUCCUCACCAGAGGAGACUUGUGGAUCAGUUGGGAAGAAGGUGUCAAGGUGUUUGAAGAGUUGUUGCUGGAUGCAGAUUGGAGUGUAAAUGCAGGCAGCUGGAUGUGGCUUUCCUGCAGCUCCUUUUUUCAGCAAUUUUUCCACUGCUACUGCCCAGUGGGUUUCGGUCGCCGCACCGAUCCCAAUGGAGACUAUAUACGUCAGUAUUUGCCAGUAUUAAAGGGUUUUCCUGCCAAAUACAUCUACGACCCUUGGAAUGCGCCAGAAAGUGUACAGAAGCUUGCGAAGUGCAUCAUUGGGACACACUACCCAAAGCCUAUGGUCAACCACGCAGAGGCCAGCAGAAUAAACAUUGAGCGCAUGAAACAGAUCUACCAACAGCUGUCGUGCUACAGAGGCCUUGGGCUUUUGGCCUCUGUGCCAUCUAAUGCCAGUGGUAACUGCGACGGUGCAGGAGCAUGUCUGAACUCUGCAGACAGCACGCAGGACAGCAAUGCUGCAGGACCAGAUGGAUUAAAAUCCUGGAGACAAGAUAUAAAGCAAAGACAGAGUGACAGAGGAGCAGCCACUCUAAAGAGACAUGGUGAAGAUACAGGAUCAAGCACUGGAUGCAAGAUUCAGAAACUAUGAAACUGUGAUGAGCUACACACUCAGUGACAAGAGCACGCACUUCCAGCUCCCAGCAGGAUGUGAUCCAAAGGGUGGUUGUUGGAGCUUUUUAAACACUGCUUCUCUGCCUGUAUGAAUUGAGAUUCUCUGUGCCCCGUGUGCUAACUUAUAGUGCUUAUUUAUAUGAAAUGUGACUGUAAAUCUAGUUCAUAAGUUUUUAUAUAAAAAUAUAAAUAUUUGUAUUAUAUGCAUUUAAAGUAUGAACAAUGUUUGUCACCAUGCACCAGUCUGUUUAUCGGUAUUUCAGAUAGGCAUGGAAAUAUUUGCAUGUGAUUUUCUUUCUUACGUGUUCAUGCUGUGCCAUAAGGAUGUUCAAUGUUAACACUUUGCAUAGUGUUCAUAUUAUAUAUUUAUACCCAGCCAUGAAUGCAUUUACUUUAAUGAUUAAAACAACGUCAAAAGGAGUUUUAUGUAACUCAUCUGCUAAAGUGGAUGAAAUGACCAUAGUGUGUAUUUUUGUGUAAAAAAGGUUAAUUAAUCUCUUUUCAAAAAUGUGGCCUAAGCCAGUACUAGUAUUAUUUUUGUACAGCCUGCUUUGUAAAUAUGCAUGUACCCUUUUGGCUCAUCGGAAGUGAUUAUAUAUAUUUUUUUUAUAUGAAAAACCGUUUUUGUA